AUGACGUUGUUUGUGCCAAGUGCCGGUUGGGCAGGCUUUCCUGAAGCCCUGUCCAGAACUGGUGAAAGCCGCCCGUCUGUCGCUUUUCGCCAGGAAUCUGCGUUGCCUCGACACAGCUUUGGCACAGGUGUUUCGGUCCUCUGGAGAAGUUGCUUGCUGGGCGCCACAGCUUGUGCUGCCAGGGAACGGAGUGCAAGAAGUUCAAGGAAACCGAGAUGGCAAUCUAGGAGACCUCAGAACAAGAUGGAAGUAUUGAAGAAGACCUCAGAGAGACGAGCUCUUCACAAAUCAGGAGAUGUUUUGAGCACUGGCACGUUGCCCGUGGGUAGCGGAUUUGAGCUCUACUACGAGGAGCACGGUCAGAAGGAUGGUAUUCCUGUGGUAUUCUUGCAUGGAGGGCCUGGAGCAGGAAGCUCUCGUCGGAUGGCGCAAUUGUUUGAUCCCAGCAAGUACCGCAUCGUGUUGUUCGACCAAAGAGGCUGUGGAAAAAGUGCUCGAAAUGGUUCCACUACAGCGGAAGAACAAUUGGAGGACAACACCACAUGGCACCAUGUGUCAGACUUAGAAGCGCUGCGGACACAUCUCAACAUUGACAGAUGGGUAGUAGCUGGCGGUUCUUGGGGGACCUGCUUGGCUUUGGCCUAUGCGAGCAAGUUCAAAGAUCGCGUGCUUGGAAUGGUCUUGCGGGCAGUCUUCCUUUUUCGACCCGAAGAGCUUGAAUUCUUCUGCGGACCUUCAGGGGGUGCAAGAUCCUUGGCUCCAUCUGCAUGGCGGAGCUUUAGCUCUUGGCUUCCCUCUGGACUAAGCUCUGCACCAGCAGUCGCAGCGGCGUUUCGUAGAGCUGCGCUUGGCAAAGAUGGGUCCAUGUCUCCAUCUGAUGCCCUUGGCAAGUGGCGAGCAUGGGAGAAUCACUUGUUUUCGCUUCGUGAACAAGAUCCGAAACUCUCAUUCAGCUCAACUGGCGAUAAAGAUUUGCCAGAGGUAAGCCCUCCAAAAACACCAUGGCCGAAAGCGACCAAAUUUAAUAUCCAAGCCUUGCUCACGCUGCAUUAUGUGGCAGAGCAGGGCUUUCUAGAAGAGGAGCUUUUAGACUCUGCAAAGGAGUUCAAUUUUCCAUUGAAAAUGGUCCAUGGCCAAAACGACUGCAUUUGCCCUGCGGAAAAUGCCAGAAAUCUGGCAUCUGCGGUUGGGAGCAAUGCCGAGCUGCUCUUGACCAAUGCUGGCCACUCUCAGUGGGAUGCAGAGAAUAUUGAUGCUUUCGUCCGGGCGACCGAUGAAAUCGCGUCUGAAUGCCUGGUCACCUGUUGA